UCUGGGUGUCCCUGGGUGUUCCUCAGUGAGUCAGGGUAUCCCUGUCUGUCUCUGGGUGUCCCUGUGUGUCCUUGUGUGUCCCUGGGUAUCUUUGAGUGUCCCUGGGUGUCCUUGUGUGCAGGGAGGGUCAGAGCAGGGCCAGGCUGUGCUCCAGGACCCAGCGAUGGCACCAGAGGAAUGGGCAGGGACUGAUCCCAGAAUUUCCCGGCACAGGAGGCAGAACUUCUGCCCUGGGCAGUGCCCAGCCCUGAGGGGUCUGCUCACCACCAGGGACAUUCCAGAGCUGUCAGAAUGUAAUCCUGAGCCCUGUGCUCUGCAGCCAGCACCACUACGGUCCCUUACAUUCAGGAAUUCUGAGAUUCUGCAUCCAGCGCCGCUUCGGUGGAACCCCGUGGAGGUUUCCUGCCACUCCGCUCAGCAUCAGCCCUUCCCGGUGACUGACAGCUGUCAAUCACCGCGGGGCCGGCGGCCGGCGGGGGCCGCUGUGGCGGCGGCGGAAGCGGAGGAGGAAGAGGAAGCGGCGAGAAAAGGCGGCGGCGGGGCAGGGUCGGUACGGGCGGAACCCUCCAGCUCCAGUGCGGGAGGAGCGGGGAGGAGCGGGCCGGCCCCGCCCCGGUGUGCGGCGGCCGGAGUGAGGCUGUCCUGCCCCGGUACCGCUGCGCUCCGCCGCUCCGGUGCGGGGAUGGAGCUGGCGGGCGGCAGCACCAUCUCGCUGUGGACGGUGGUGGCGGCCGUGCAGGCGUUGGAGCGCAGCGUGGCCGCACACGCGUCCCGCCUCUUCAACCUGGAGCACCGGGCCGGGAACAGCGAGAAGAAGCACCUGGACUGCGAGAAAAUGGUCGGGGAGUUCGGGAGCCAGCUGGAGAGCAAGUGCGCGGCGAUGGGCACCCUCAUCCAGGAGUACGGGCGGCUCCAGCGGCGCUUGGAGAACAUGGAGAACCUCCUGAAGAACAGGAAUCUCUGGAUCCUGAAGCUGCCCCCCGGCGUGGAGGUCCCCAAGGCCCCGGCUGUGGCAUUGGAAAACGAUGCCACCGGCUUUUCCACUCAGGAGUGGGAGAACCUGGAGGAGUGGCAGAAGGAGCUGUAUGGAAAGGUGCUGACAGGGAAGAGAGAAGCCCUGGUCCAGCUGGACGAUGUCAUCUCCGAACCUGCCCUCCUGUCCCGGCUCCAGGGAGGGGAAGCGCCCUGCAGUGAGGCGGAGGCAGCUCCUGGAGAGAUCCCAGCAGAACCAGAGUCUCUGCUGUUUGAACUCAAUGUGAGCAGCUGGGACAGCAGAGAAGCGCAGGAAAACCAGGAGGGAAGAGCAGGGCUGGCUGAACCUGGCCAUGCAGACUGCAGCAUUCCAGAGCCAAGCUUUGCUGUCACCGUGAAGCAGGAAGAGGAGGAAGAGCCGUAUGCAAAGGAGCGAAGAGCCAUGGAGGGUGUGGAGUUCUCUGAGCUCGGUGUGGGGCCGGACACCGCUGGACACAGGGCUCAGACCCCGGCGGAGGGCAGGAACCAGCCCGGGGCCCGGAGCUGCCAGGACCGGGAUGUGAAAGGGAAUCCCCCAGAGACCGGCUCCGAAGACAGCAUAAUCCAGAUUAAGCAAGAGGAAGAGUUGUGCACUGCAGAUCGGGAGGAGGAGGUUGCAGAAGCUCCUGGAGAGCCCUGCCCAGCAGAGCAAGGAUUUUACGAGCCUGAGGCAUCCAGUCAGACCGGGAAAGGCAACGAGGUGGAUGCCAGGGAGCUGCCAGGCACGGAGGGUGAGGACCUCCGGAGAGAUCCUACCACAGGAUUUCAGAUUUAUGCAAGGAAUGUUUCAUCCUGGAUUAAACAAGAGGAGGAGCCACCGUGCUCUGAACGACAGGAUUUGGAGAAAGAGGAAAUCUCUGCAGAUUCAAGUACAGAUGAAAAUUUGAAGAGGGACCAUCCAUCAGAUUGCGUGGAGAGCAAGACCUGUGACUUAGAGGUACCAGGAAAGCCAGGAGAGUCCUUUCCCAAAGAUCCCAGCCAUGGAGCGACAUGGGACAGUCACUGGAAUUCAGAAAUAAUGGAAACAGCCCCCACAGGGAAUGGGAGCAGCCUUGGGGGUGAUGUUCAGUAUGAUUUCUUUAGCACUCAGGAAAAGAGCCUGGAAAAGAGGCCCUGUGUGUACAGGUGUGAGAGGAGCUGCCCGCAGCAGGACCAGCCUCAGGCACUGCAGGGAGAAGGGGAGAUGUUUCCAGGCCCCAUGUAUGAGAGGAUGUUCCCUCUGCUGCACCCACACCCAGGAGAGGUGGGAAUGGGCCCGGGAGAGACGGGAAUGGGCCUGGGAGAGGCAGGAAUGGGUCCUGGAGCUGCUCCCACCUCCUGUGAGGGGCCAGGACCCCGCUCUGAGUGUGGAGAGACUCCCCUGGGCACAGGCAGGCCCCGUGGCCAGGACAGCCUGGGCACAGAGGAAGCUGCUGGAAACGAGGAGAGCUUCCCCACGGACACAUCGGGAUCCAGCCCCUGCUGGGAGCAGCCCCUGGCCCGGGGCAGCCCUGCCCAGCAGCAGAGCCAGGGCCGGGGCAAAUCCUACAUUUGCAGCGACUGUGGGAAAAACUUUGUUUGCCAUUCGUGGCUCCUUAGGCACCAGACAAGUCACACAGGAGAGAGGCCCUACAAGUGCUCCAAGUGUGACAAAACCUACAGGAGGAAGGAUUACCUCCUGAACCACCAGCGCCGGCACACGGGAGAGAGGCUUUUCCAGUGUCCUCUCUGCAGCAAAAGAUUUGUGCUCAAGAGGAGCCUGCUGAAGCAUCAGGAAGGUCACAUGCAGGACACCCACGUCCCGCUGGUCAGCUGGCCCUGCAGGAACAUCAGGGGCUCUGUGAUGCAUUCCAUAUAGGACAUCCCCCACAUUCCAUAUAGGACAUCCCCCACACGCCCUUGGUGGCUCCUCGUGGGGCCAGGGCAGCACCCCCAGCUCUGUGCCAGACCCUGAUGGCAGGAGGAGGCUGUGGUGCAGCCAUCCCAAACCUCUCCCAGGAAAAAGGAGGUGGCUGGGGGUUAUUUUCCAUGUUAGACAGCAUUCACCAGUGCCUGUGGAUUUGAGGAGGUGGAAUUUGGAGGUACUGCUGGCUGUGAGUCCAUGUGGGAGAGAAACCACGUUGACAUGGAACAAUUUGUGGUGUGUGUUACAAAGAAGAGUUGUCUGAAUAGAGAAAAAUUAUCCAAAAUGUUAUUCCAGGAGUCUGGAGUCCUUAGACUGGGCUGGGAACAAGUGAGUUAAAGGUAUUAAUUGUCCAAUAAAGGAGUGUAAGGGUGUCAGGAAACACACACUUGGGUGAGGUGCUUUGGGAAAGGAAGUGUUGCCCCUGUGGCUGUAGGAGGAAGCCUCUUUCUUCUGUGGCAAACAGAAAGAAGGCUGCAGAGCCUGGGAUGCUGUUAAAUCCUGGGGCUCCUCACUUUGAACCCCAAAGGGAGAAAUCCUGAAGGCUGAGAUCCUCCCAGGGAGCCUGGAAUAUGGUUUUAAUUUUGCAUAGCCUUAAAGUUGUGUUGCAUUUCUUUCCCCACAUUGUUCACUGUCUUCUGUGUUUGUUCAGUUCUCCAAAUCCUGUGAAAGCAGAACAUGGAAAUGCUGCAGAAAUCUGGGAAACACAGAGUUAAUGAGCUGCUGUGUCCCAAAAACUGAUGACAGGAUCUGCUGGAGAGGAGGCCAUAUGGAGGUAGGGCAGCUCUGCUCCUCCAGCCUCCUCCCUGGCCUCUGUGUGUCCCACUCCCAAGAGGAAAGAAGCUCCCAAAGUCUCUAGAUGCCAGUGGUCAAAAAGGAAUGACAGGUGUCAGAACUGUCCAAAAAAGCUCACAGAGUUUUAAUAGCAGAUUCCACUCUCAACGUGGGAAUUGGUAUUUUUACCCUUAUCUUCUGGUAGGAAGAGAAAUAAAAAUGUUAAAGAAAAGAGGGAAGAGAGAGGGAGAUCAGAGAGACAAAGGGGAUGACAUCCCCAGUCCUGGCUGUGGCAUUGAUCCAGCUGAGUCCAGGAUCCCAGAGUUGCCCUGUGAACCUUGGAUCACCCUUUUACAGCCAAGUUUCCCACACCCUGGGACUACUUUUUUCACUUUUGAUGCAAACAAGUCAGCAGACACAGUCCAUCCCUCUGGAUCCUCUUAGGAAAUGGGUCAGGGGGGUCUCUGGUGGUUUUGAUCCCCCCUGAUUGAUCAGCCUUUGUUGGACACUCCAUGCCCUGUGCUGUGCAUGCUGUGCUUAUCUCCAGGAGCCAGAACAUGGGUGUUUGUCCCAAAAAAGAGCUGUCCCAUCCUGUCAUUCCCCAUUCCAUGUGUCACACAACAGUCCUUGGCUGGCUCCACAGCUGAGACACACCCCUUUAUCUCCUGGCCUUCUACAGAAUCUGAAGUGAUAAUUCUGGGCCUGAAAAAUUACCAGCUUGGGACUCUAAUUGCUUCAGUAGAACACAGGGAAGGAGAAUUAUUUGAGAAUUUAGAUAGGAAUAGAUAGCAUGGUAGAGAGAAAUAAGACCCCAGAAAGGAAAUGAAAGCUGAAUUAUUGCUGUCAGUGAAAACUGAGCAACUGCAGAAAGAGUUAAGGAAGAAAAGGAGGAAGACAAGCCCAAAAAUUGGAAAAACCAGAGGGGCUGAAAAUUUCAGAGGGUCCCCCUCUGCAGCCACACCUUAUUCCAGUUUGUCCCUUGUUCCCCAGGUCUGGGACACAGCAGCUUUUAACUCCUUGAUGUCCGGGUUGCUACACCCCAGGGCACUGCCUGCAUGAUUUGGGACCCAUAGCUGCAACUCCAGAAAUUCCCAUUCCUGCCACGGCAGGAAUUUGCCAUUCUGGUACUUUAAUUUUAAACCAAGAAGUCAGUGGCUAUAGCCUCUGGAAUUCUUUUGGGGUUAAGGUUGGCAGAUUUCUGCUUCUCACCCAGGAGCCAUAAAUUAACCUGAGCGGUUUGGCACAGGGGGAUUUGCACCAGGGAUUUUAACUCUUUACCCUCCGGGUCCUACACCAUCAUGCUGCUGUGUUAAUACUGGACAUUGUGCUUCCAUGUCUAUUAAAUUUUUUUAUUAAUUGUUGACGAGAACCAGCUGGAACAUGAAUGUCUAGACCAUUAUUCUGGCUGCACGGAUAAGAUUCCACUUGCUGGAUAAGGAAUUUCCCUGUCUGCCCAUCCAGGAGCCACUGUGGAGUCACAGAUGAGCAUUACCUGAGCUGAGAUGGGCUCCUGUGAGCCCAUGGGUCUCUGUUUAGGGUCUCUGUUUAUUCCCACACCACACUCACACGGGUUUCCUCACAGACUCCAUCCCAAAUUUCCCUUUGCAGAGCCUCGGCCAUCUGGAUCCUUGCAAUAAUUUAAUCUUGCUACAAUGACCGGGUAACAGCUCAAGGUGGUGCUUCCACGCCUGGACCUCAAACAAAGGAAUUCCACCCCCUCUCCGGGCUUUUCUCACUUCCCAACCUAAACAGAAAUGUGGGAUGGUCGUCUCCUGCUGUGUCCCUCACUGUGCCCUUUGUUAUGGAAAGCUCGGGCAGUUCCCGGCCUCGGGCUCGGGAUUGUUUCCAUCCACAGCGCUCGGGAUGCUCUUGCAAAUAAACCUGGAUCAGCUCGAACUGGGAUCGCUUUUCGGGAGGCAUUUCCCGCUGCACCCCGAGUUUCCAUCCCGUUCUUCGGUUCUCUAAUCUGUGCAUUUGUAGCAGCUAAGGCUCCAAGGAGUUAAGGCUGAUAAGGAGCGGGACAUAAAAAGGAUGUGGUUGCAAAGGAGGGCAUGGCAGAUUAGCCAGUGCUGUUCCAAAUCCUCCAGGGGACGCGGAGACCCCACAAACACAGGACGAGGCGUGGAGAUCUGCAGAGGAACAUCGAGAUCACCACAAGCCCUCAAAGCCCCCCGACCCAAUUCCAGAAAAGCCCAGCAGCAGGAUUGCGCACACUCAUUUGCAUGGGAAGUGGGAAACCUGAUAGCGGGGCGGGGAAAAUUUACCCAUAAGAAGGUGCCCCCACAGCAUCCUCGGGACUCUGCACACCCUGGACACCCGGAUCGGCGCUGGAGCCAGGACUGGUGAUGUUCCCUGACCUCUCCCCUCCUUCCUUUUUCAUUUACUAAUAGAAGAUAAGGUGCUAACUCAUCGCAAUUUCCAUGCCAAGUGUAAAAUUUACUAAUCAAACUUUGUAGCUUUUUCGUGACCCUCUGUUUGUCGUUCCCUUUGCAUCUCCACGCCUGAGGAAUUUCCCUCCCUUGGAGCGGGACACGGUGCUGCUCGUUAAACAUCCUCCUUGCGAGACCUUUUGCUCGUGUUCAGGGUUUCUCACGGGAUUAUGUCGUUGCCUUGGAAGGACACGAUUUAUUCAUUUUACUCAGUAGAGUCUGCAUUUGUCACCUGUCACUUUGUCGCUGUCGCCGUGGGGUAGAAAUAGAGAAACAGAGUCAGGGAAGAGCCUGUUUGGGGUCAGAGCUCCUUUUCCUUAUAGGAAACUUCCUUAAAGGACUUUUUUUGCG